AGCAGCAGCAGUAGCAGUCAGCGGGAGGAUGGAUGGAGCGGGCUCGUUUGGAGCGGGCCGAGCCGGUUCGGCCUUUGAUCCGAUCGCAUUCGUCAAACAACCUCAGACAAUCCUAAGAGUCCUGGCAUGGAUCUUCUCCAUGGUGGUCUUUGCUUCUAUAAUAAAUGAGGGCUAUGUGAAUAUGGGCAGUGAGCGACUACACUGUGUCUUUAAUAAGAACGCAGAUGCCUGUAACUAUGGUAUCACGAUAGGAAUUGUGGCGUUCUUAGCCAGUGUCUUCUUCCUGGCCCUGGACGUCUACUUCCCCCAGAUCAGCAGUGUCAAAGACAGAAAGAGAGCAGUGUUGUUGGAGAUUGUUUUUUCAGGAUUUUGGGCGUUCCUUUGGUUUGUGGGAUUCUGUUUUUUGGCCAAUCAGUGGAGCCGUACGUCCCCUAAGGAGCUGCCGCUGGAGCAGGCGUCAGACGCGGCACGAGCAGCUAUUGCCUUCUCUUUCUUCUCCAUCCUUACCUGGGCGGGCCUUACGGUGUGCGCUGUUCAGAGGUUCCUGCUGGGUACAGACAUGACACUGUUCUCCACCGAGCCUGUGGGUGACCAGGCACCCAAGCAGCCGUACCCCUCCAACGAUGUAAUCGGUCAGACUACCGUCCCCGUCAACGCUUACCAGAGUCCGCCGCUCAUCGAGACCGUGGAGACCCGCCCCCCUGGAUACAACAUCCCGCCAGCCUUUUAAUCCACAACCAAUCAGAAGACAAGGAAUAUAGCAGCGCUAAAGGACAGAGUAUAGACUGCCGUCAAUGUUAGCUAAAUGUAUCGUAUCGCGUUUUAGUAACAAGGUGGCGAAGGGAUGAUGCUCGCCUCUGUAAUCCGCACUAUAAUACAGAAUUAAAAGGUUAUUAAGGUCUCACGUUAACUUGAGCAGAAGUGGAUGUUUCGGGACUAUGAUUGUCUUUGCCUACCCACACGUUUUACAUUUGCAGUCAGCAACAAAUUAUUGUCAAAAUCACAAUGUGCUAUUUAUUUAGAAAAGCAUUUUAUUAUUAGCUUUUAAAAAAGUUGGAAAAUAAUUAAAGGUGCACUAAGCAAUGCUUUUGGUUACUUUAGCCAUGGUCAAAAUAAUUUUGACUGAUAUAUUAUAAUAAUUCAAUUAACAUAAUAAAAAAAAGAAUGAAAAUAAUUUACUCAACCAAAAGUGGUUUACAGAAAUAAAGUGAGUUGAAUAGAAUACAUUUUUUAGACGAUUGACAUGAGAGUCAUAUUUCAUGUGAAUAUACAACACACACAAAAAUAAUUUCUUUCAGGGUAAAACUUUUUUCCCAAUUGAAAAAGUUAGAUAGUGCAUCUUUAAUUAUGAUAAAGAAAAUGCAUUAUACUUAUUUUUGUGUGUCUGAUUAUUAAAUAAUUGCAUCUUGGCAUAGAUGAUCGACAACCGUACCAAACGCAUCAUGUUUACUGCAGUUAAAUUAGUGCUGUCCACGUCAUUUGUGUCAAAAUAUGUUUUUGUUAAGAAAGAAUGAGAAAAUUUUGUUUUAAAAGAUGGCUACUUACAGUCACUAUUGAGAGAGAGAGAGAGAGAGAGAGAGAGAGAGAGAGAGAGAGAGAGAGAGAGAAUGAGUAAUAGUCAGAGGAUGAAUAAAUGAGUGUGUCUCAGCCUCUCUCUCUCUCUCUCUGUGUGUUAGCGUGUGUUUGAUGAUGGACUCGUGGAGCAGUCAGAGACAUUCCAGAUGAGAUAACUGAGAUUACUGGAACAGACUGUUUACUUUAACAAGCAUACUUGUGCAUAUGAGUGUGUGUGUAGGUGAAAUGUGUGUGUUUGCUCUAAUCCUGUCUAAUUGCAUGGUAAAAUGCCUCAAAUUCCCCCUGAAGCAGCGAGGUAACUGUUAUAUUUUGUUAAUGGAAGACGUAACAGUGGUUAUUAAAGUUUUCAAGGUGACAUACAGUAUACAGUGCCAUGAGGUCCUGAAUAAAGAUGAGCCAGUACAGUGAA